AUUAUUGUCAAAGGCUUAGGCUAUAAAUAUCCAUGUAUUCUCACUUUAACAUGUGCCUGCGUACUUGAUAGUAAAAUUCCUGGCUUGGCAGCGCCCCCAGACGUAGAUCAUCGUGAUCGAACUGGGUUACCAAAUUCUUGUGUUCUUUUGUCCUUGUUGUUUCAUCUUGAUUUCCUGAAAUUUUCAUAACAAGUGGUAUCAGAGCCUAGUUCGUUGAUAGGGUGGAUUGAGAGGAAUCGGGCGUUGGAUCGUUGUGGGAAUCCCUUGUGACCUGCGGAGGUGCCUUGUGUCGAAAGUCUCCUGGCGGUGUUGGGUCGGUCCCGACUGGUAGGUCAGGCAGCGAGUCCCUUUGUGAUAGGCGGUGCAAGGUUGGUAGGGAAGGAUAAGGGUUUCGGCAAACGCAGCGGAAUAUCCGAUGUGCUCUCAUAUCAAGUGAACCUUAGGUUUGUUUGUGGGAGUCAAGAUGGGUGAUCGUCAUGUUGUCAAGGAGAAAUCCGAAGACAUGGAUGAAGCCGAAUACAAGAAGAUCAACAGGAAGACGAUGAGUGCGGUUCGACUAACCCUUUGGGAGAAUGUCUCGACUGAAUUUAGAUUUGAGGCAAAAGGAAAGGGUGAAGAUCAAGAAUGGUCAAAGUUGAAGCCGAAGAAUAAGGACAAUGAAGAUGCAAGUCAGGUGGUAUAUUGGAACUGCAAGGGGCACUUGAAACGACAGUGCAGGGCGCCGGAGAAGGAUCAGGGUUCAGCAAACGCAACGGAGGAGAUAUCCGAUGCGCUGAUUCUGAGCGUCAGCAGUCCAAUGGAGUCAUGGAUUUUGGUCUAGCGUCAUUCCACUUAUGCAGUGAUUCGAGAAUCAUGGAAUCCUAUACCA